AUGAAGUACCCAGCCGUUGCUAUUCUUUCCCUUGCCCAAGGCAUCGUCGCUGCGCCGUCCUUCUUGGAGAAGAUCAAGGGUAGUAAGCCAAAGGCUCUGUCAACUGAUCAGGAUAUAUCCCUUUCUAUCAAGUUCUCGCAGGUACCGAUGCAGAGGGAGGAACAUCAGGCAGUGAAGUCUGAGAUCUGCUGGCUGCUAUGUGCUGACAAGGACAUUUACUGCCCAGAAGGAUUGUACCGCUCUAAGAAGGGUGAUGAUUGUUGGACUUGUUGCUACGAGUAUUAG